UUAAGUACUGCCUCGCUCGCCCAGCGAUUACAAAGGGUUUCGCUGCAUUUAACUCGCGUUCGGCACGAAGAAUGAACAGUUUCAUCUUUAUUAUCUGCCUUUCCUUCAUCUUUUUCCUCCCUGGUACAAUGAGCUAUAAUGAUAGCGCACAAGAAGUGGUCUUAACGAAUGGUUCGACGCUGACAUUUCUGCCCUGUUACAUACCAGGUGCCCAACAAAUUGUGUGGGAAUUUAAAUCUGUCUCAGGAGAUAAUAAAACCAAAAUAUGCACAAUGGAUAACGGCAAUAAGGAAUGUAAUUCCACACAGUUCCCAAACAUUAAAUUGGCUGAUCGUGAUGGAUUUUUUGCACAUGGUAAUUACUCACUUCAUUUUGAAGCAACGAAUACAGACGCUGGGAUUUAUUACUGCACUAACGGUUCUACGGAUGGCCACGGAAAGGAAUUCAGACUUAUAAGUUUCAACGUAUCUGCAACCCCAGAAAACGUGAUUCAUCAAGGAGACCCGGUGAAGCUGAUGUUAGAAUCAUCCGAUGUUUCCUAUUUUCGCAAAAGAGCAUCGAACAUUUCGACCAAUCCCGUAAAAGGGGAAGGGAUUGAAAUUCACUGGUCACGAAAUAGCCAACGGAUAAUUGAAUCUUCGCGUUUCCAGUUCGAUUACAGAAGUUUAAACAUCAGCGCGUUUCGCUCGGAGGAUGAGGGGCGCUACGUCUACACUGUGAAGUUGAGCAACGGAAAGCAGGCAUUUUACAGCAUCUCACUUCAAAUAGCAGGUCAAAAUUCUACCACUGCAACACCUGGAGAAAGGACGAACACAGGUCAAAAUUCUACCACUGCAACACCUGGAGAAAGGACGAAUUCAGAUCAUUCUGGCGCUACAGAACCUGGAGAAGGGAGUAGCUCAGAUGCAGAUACUCAUCAGACUACUGAAUUUCCGUUGAAUACAUCUUCAGGCGUAUCAGCAGGAGCCUGGAUUGCCUCCUCCUUCUUUGGAACGCUAGGGAUUAUGAUCAUCAUCAUCAUUCUUGUCAGUAUCAUCAUCAAAAAGAAAUUCAAAUCAGCAGGAGAACCAGACACAGUUCAGGCUACGAUGAUGGAUAAUGAGGUCCCUUACGCUCAGAUUAAUCUGGCUGCAUUGACCAAAGCUGAACCGAGUGCUCCAGUAACUACGGAGAACGUCUUGUAUGCAGAGGUUAAAACUCUGCAGUCAGAGCCUGCCACAAAUGAGAUUUCAGUUUAAUCUGAUCUCUUGAGUGUAUCCACGCGGGCUUUGACAUUGCUUCGCUGUGCCCCAGGCAGGCAUCUCUGCAAAGAAAUGUUCACAACUUCUUUGCACGUUGAUUCUCUGCCUGAAAACCCCAUCUCCUCACCCCGCUGUCACCAGAUUACACGGCAGACCAGACAGCACAGGAAGAUAUAAAUGUUCCUUCCUAGUGCUGAAUUUGCAAAGCAGCCAUUUGUAACACAUUCAAACCCUUUUGCUGAUCAUUUACUGACAGCUUUCUUCCAAUGUACAAGUUUGAAAGCAAUUGAUUUGCCUCUUUUUCGCUUCACUCUGCUGUUUUCCAGAGUGGGACUGUUUUAUCCUGACCUUUCGUGCUCUCCUGUCCUUGUCAACACAGAUUUAUUCCCUUGCUGAAGUCAUCUAAACAAAUGAGCUGGCAGCAUUGUCAGAGCAAUAUUAGGUACUUUUCUCAAUGGUGACCUUCUCUUGGCAUUCAGGUUGGCGGGUUCCUGAAAGUCAGUAGGCUCUCAGAGUUUGGCACAUUCCCACUAGCUUUCCAGGUCUGCAGAGUAAGUUAAGGGCCUUUGUUUGAGCUACAGGACCUGAAAGGUGGAGAGAAUGUUACCAUCAUUUUGAAGAUUCAGCUCAGGGCUUUGCAAAUCACUGGAUUUCACCACAUUCCCACAAAAACCUUUCCUCCAACGACUGGUCCAAAGGCCUAGGAAAAUUACCACUUCGUUCCGAUCAUUUUAUAAAAGGUCACUAUUAUUAAUUUCACAAACUUUGAUUGUUUUAGCAAUUAUAUGAGGAAGUAAUUUGUUAUUUGUUGUAGCUAACUGUAGCAAGAACUAUAAUUCCAUUAUCAAGCAUUCCCUGAAAAUGUAAAUGUCUGAAAGGAUACAAUGCUAUUGUUUAACAAUCUGAUUCGACGUGGAUACAAAGGAAAUUCAAAUUAUUGGGGGGGUGGAGGAGGGAUGAUGGGUGAUAAUUGGUUAGUUAUGAUUCUCCUGCACAUAUUAGAGUCAUCCUGUUUCUUCUAGUUUAUAUUAAAUGUGAUAGUCUAGUAUUCCUGGACUUUGAGAUAUGGUUUUUCUUGAGUGUCCCCAACAUGUUUAACUUUCUUUAUUAACACAGUACUAUAACACAUUCCACUGUAGCCAGUGUGAUUUAAUGAUGUUUAGAAAAUGGGGACCCCAGUGCAUCUUGGGGAGUGCCAAAACUGGGCCUCUGGGAAUUUCAGGGGUGGUCAUGAGUCAGACCCCCAUGCCCACCCCUCAUUGCACUUCAAGAGAAAAACAACAAACGCUGCCUGGUAUACCCAAUAUUAAAUGACUGAGAUCAUGAAACUAAUCUCAUUACUUUCUGUCAGGUACUGGUGGCAUGAUAAAAUUGCAACUCAGAUUUGAAUAUUUGCAUGAGGUACACAAUUGAGUUUAAGUCUUUCAAACAUCAGGUCACUCUGGUAUGCCUUAGUAUGGUACCGUAUGAUGUCAGGCUAUGUAGCAUUGGGAAAUUGACUUUAGUUGUGAAUUCUCCCCAAGGUCUCCUGCAUUCUUCUUUACCACCCUUGGCAGCAAACAAGGCCUUCACCUUCAGAUGUAGUGAUCGACCAUUUCUACUUGGUUAAUGAUUUAUUUUUGUCACACAUUCUAGAGUAGAAUGAAAACACCAUUUCCUCUAACAUGUGCACAACUGUGCGGUAACUGAAUUGGGCCUGUACACGUAACCUUAGUUAUUGUGCAGCCGGAAAUGGAUGCAGCUAGAAAGUGUUUAUGAAAUAUGAUUGAUUUUUUUUGUUGUUGUGUGUACCCUUCAUUAUACCCUUCAAUUAUUAAAUAAAGUCAUAAGUGAUCUUUCAAUUUUCAUUCUAAAUAUUCAUAGCAUGUAUUUUGCAAAAAUAUAAAAAUGCCGCACAGUUUUCAGCUCUUUAAAAACUUUCCUGCUGAAAGCUGUGGUCCACACAGCUAUAAAAGAAAAUUAGAGGAAAUGUUGAGUGAAACGCUAUCCUUUCCUAUCACCUACACAGAUCAUUUUGCUACAUUAUUACAUCAAGGUAUCGCCCAGGAAUGCAGAAUAUGAUUACAGACAAAGACCUGCACAGGCAGACAUUAACGUGCAAGGGUUAUAACAAGAUAGAUUCUGAAGUCGUGUUCAUCUUAUCAUGCAAUUUGUCUAUUCAAUAGGCUUGCAGUAUAUCAGUGGGAUAGAAGCUGUCUUUGAACUUGCAAUUGUGAAUGGGUCAGAAUUUCAUUCUUACCAAAACACCACUGAGUA